GACUUUUCCCGGGCAUCCUAUGCCUCUAUUGCUCGAAAAGUUGGCUUGGACGCUUCGUUUUCCCUGCAAGACGUUCCAACAUUUCCUUUACAUCGCGCCCGGAUACCCACCUCACUGUUUAAGGAAAUUGUUGGUGAUAUCGAACUGGCUGUAAAACAAUACGGGUUACCCCACGAGCAAGAUAACGAGGCGACACGAUCAAGAUUUAUUUCUUCUGUGAGUCUUGACCUCCUAUUCGCCCGCCUCUCGUCCCACUUUGAGCUCCUCCUGCAUGCAUCGCUCGACAACUCUGUACAGACGCGUUAUGCCGAUGAUCGGGUCCAAUACACCUGGCGCAUGCUCGGACAAGUUGCAAUCAUUCUCAUCCAUAACAAGGACGAGGCCAUUUCGGGACACGAACAUCUGAAUGCAAUCGCCCACGUGAUUGCAGAGUGUAUCUCAUGCGAUUUCUUGAACUACGAGCUUGGCUACGAACCCGCACGCAUCUACGCGAUCUAUUCCGAUGGAACGUCCUUUGACUUUUUUCGGUUCGACGGAUCCUCCAAUCCCCGAUUCGCACGGGGAAUUCAAACGGUUCCCAACGCGUUCCCCAAAGCGCGGCUCACGCUCACCCUGCCCGAGACGGCCUCCCAGCUCGGAAGUUUCAUCACGAGUUUACGACCAGUCUGCGAGGCCAUUUUCUACUUUUUCAUGCUUGGAUACGAGGCGUGCUUGGAUACGUACUGCAGCGAGGCGAUCAACACUACCCCCGAGAGCAUCAUCCAUCGGAUGAGGAGGACCAUGCCCUGGGGCGAGAGUACAGAAAGGAUCAAGAGCGCCCUGUAUCUCGCGCUGGCAGCGGGAGAAGCGGCAGUAAGAGGAGACCUCGAGACAGCAGAGCAAACAGCACGGAGCGCAUUGAAAAAGCUCAAGGAGAGGUGA